UCAUCAUCAUUAGGACUAGUAGCUGCCCAACCACAUUUGUACAAACCUGCAGAAUGUCUCGCAGACAAUCAUGGUGUGUUACCCUAUGGCACCUCAAACAGUGUCCUAAGCCGUCGAUAGAAAUUGCUCGACAUGAGGUCUGCGAUAGCAGAGAGAUUGACAGGGACAUCAAUAUCAUCCUCUUGGCAAUCAUAACGAUGAAGAUCUUCAUCGCACUCCACCUCAACAUCCUGUCUUGCUCGCACCGCUCUGCGUCAAUGCGAGAAUGAAAAUUGAAGGAGCUGCAACUGUGGCUGGGUCCACUUGCGAGCCAACGACAACGACAUGGAGUAUCGGAAGCGUCAGGAUCGGUUUUGAUUUUACUCUCGAGGUAGAGCAUGUGUAUUCGGUCCACGUGAUAACUGCAGAUUUCAAACCCACACCAUGGGCAGAAGAGAUGACUGAAUAUAUGUGUGGCCAAGUCCGACGAGAGAUUAUUGACCGCAGUGAAAAUUUCCUUGGGAAGAGCGCGCGACACAGCCGAAGCGCGUUAAGCGACAUGCUGGUGCUCUCUGUAGGCAUUGCAGGCGAAUCCCCUGGAUUUAUGUUGGAAGAAAGAGUGGGAACGCCCAUCUGCACUGGGACGAUCAUGAAGGGGGUGCAGGCUCAACAGAACAUGACAAGUGGUAUCAAACAACAGCCAGAGGAAGUUCGCCUGUUCACGCGGCACAACAAGCAUAACGAGCAUCCUACUGGUAGUACUCACGAAGGCACAAUUCCUAGUUCAACUAAACUACAGCAUAUAUAUUAUGCGUCUGUACGCGGUAUGAGGUGGGAUGAUUUGAUAUUGCACCGAAAAACCACUUCAGGAGCUGCAAUGGGCAAUGCGGCGCCUGUACACAAUGAUGGAACGCGUUUCGAGGAACGAUCGACUUUACUACCAUCAGAUUAUCUGGUUGGGUACCACUGGAAGAAAAGAAAAGAAAGCCAGAGCGCUCGAGACUAUCAUAACUCGGAAAUUAGUGCUCUCCCUGCAAUCGCAACGAUGUCCACAUGCACAGAUAUCAUGAUUGCGUCUUGGCAUCCUUAUACUUAA